CUACAGGCCCGUGACGGAGGUUUAGACCGGACCAGUGGAGUCAUGCUUCACACAGCUGUAUCUUGCUGGCAGCCAUUCCUAGGUUUGGCUGUGCUGCUAGUCUUCAUGGGCUCCACCUUUGGCUGCCCAGCCCGCUGUGAAUGCUCAGCACAGAACAAGUCCGUCAGCUGCCACCGGAGGCGCCUGCUGUCCAUCCCAGAGGGCAUUCCCAUUGAAACCAAAAUCUUGGACCUCAGCAAGAACAGACUGAAGAGCGUCAACCCCGAGGAAUUCAUGUCAUACCCCUUGCUGGAGGAGAUUGACCUCAGUGACAAUAUAAUCGCCAAUGUGGAGCCUGGAGCCUUUAACAAUCUCUUUAACUUGCGCUCCCUGAGGCUGAAAGGAAACCGUCUGAAGCUGGUCCCCCUCGGGGUGUUCACUGGGUUGUCAAACUUAACAAAGCUUGAUAUAAGUGAAAACAAGAUUGUCAUUUUGCUGGACUACAUGUUCCAAGAUUUGCAUAACCUAAAAUCCCUGGAGGUUGGGGACAAUGAUUUGGUUUAUAUAUCACACAGGGCCUUUAGCGGACUGCUUAGCCUGGAGCAGCUCACCCUGGAGAGAUGCAAUCUCACGGCUGUACCCACAGAAGCUCUUUCCCACCUCCACAACCUCAUCAGUCUUCAUUUGAAACAGCUUAACAUCAACGCUUUGCCUGCGUAUGCCUUUAAAAGAUUGUUUCGCCUAAAAGGCCUGGAGAUAGACUCCUGGCCACUCCUGGACAUGCUGCCUGCCAACAGCCUGUACGGUCUCAACCUGACUUCUCUUUCCAUCACCAACACCAACCUGUCCGCAGUACCUUACACUGCUUUUAAACAUCUGGUUUACCUGACACAUCUAAACUUGUCCUACAACCCCAUCAGCACCAUUGAGGCAGGAAUGCUUUCUGAUUUGGUACGCCUGCAGGAACUCCACAUGGUGGGGGCCCAGUUACGUACCAUCGAACCACAUGCUUUCCAAGGGCUCCGAUUCCUACGUGUGCUUAAUGUAUCCCAAAACCUCCUAGAAACCCUAGAAGAGAAUGUAUUUCAUUCCCCCAAAGCCCUUGAGGUCCUUUGCAUUAACAACAAUCCUCUGGCCUGUGACUGCCGUCUCCUUUGGAUUUUACAGAGGCAGCCCACUUUGCAGUUUGGAGGCCAGUCACCAAUGUGUGCUGGCCCAGACAGUGUCAAGGAGAGGUCAUUCAAAGAUUUUCACAGCACAGCCCUCUCCUUUUACUUCACCUGCAAGAAGCCCAGGAUACAAGACAAGAAGCUGCAAUACCUGGUCGUGGAGGAAGGGCAGACAGUGCAGCUGAUGUGCAAUGCUGACGGGGAUCCGCAGCCCACCAUAUCCUGGGUUACCCCACGUCGGAGGCUGAUCACAACCAAGUCAAAUGGAAGAGCCACUGUGCUGGGAGAUGGCACACUGGAGAUCCGAUUUGCUCAAGACCAGGACACUGGGAUCUAUGUUUGUAUUGCAAGUAACGCAGCUGGGAAUGACACCUAUUCGGCCUCCCUUACGGUAAAGGGGUUCACUUCAGACCGUUUCCUUUAUGCCAACAGGACCCCUAUGUAUAUGACAGACUCCAACGACACCAGUUCCAAUGGAACUAAUGCAAACACUUUCUCUCUGGACCUUAAGACAAUAUUGGUGUCCACAGCUAUGGGCUGCUUCACAUUCCUUGGAGUGGUUUUAUUUUGUUUCUUACUUCUUUUUGUGUGGAGCCGAGGGAAAGGCAAACACAAAACCAGCAUUGACCUUGAAUAUGUCCCUCGCAAAAACAAUGGUGCUGUAGUUGAAGGGGAGGUUGCUGGACCGCGAAGGUUCAAUAUGAAAAUGAUUUGAUGGUGUUCUGCUAGCAGUACUUUUUCUGUGGCAUUAUAACCAAUUAAAUCAGCCUGGCAUGUGGAAUUGCUGGGUAAACGCAGCUUAAUGCAGCUGUCACUGUAUCAAAAGGUUACGUGGAAAUCAAAAGACUCUUUGUGGUUGUACAGCAGAGCCUCCAGACCUUGAGGCAGAUAUGUCAGGGCCUUUCAUAGAACUGGUAAAUUGUACUAACUGUUUGCAUUGCAAAUAUUGGCAUUCUGGGGAUAUCAGCAAUGAACCGUUGGCUCAUGCUCAUGGACAAUUGUUCAACAUUUUCUACCACUACAAAAAGAAAAAGAAAAAGGAAAAAAAUAAGCCUACAGUGUAGGAUUUACAUACUUAAAGAAAAAGACACAUUUGUCUAAAGCAUACUCUACAGUGAAAUUUGUAUCUAUAGAUCUCAUUUGGUAAAGAGCCUUGCAUCAUACCUUCUAGUUGGUUCAACACCACAAAAAUUGGUAGUCUUUUUUUUUGGUUUUUGUUUUUUUUUCUUUUUUUUUUUCUUUUUUUUUUUUUUAAACACAUCUAUACUGUGUACAUUUUAAAGCAAUACAAAUGAGAGGUUGUGCUUUUAGAUAUCCACCAAUACUGACCCAAGUGUGAUGUCACCUCCCUUUUAACUACCAUCUAACUCAAAUUAGACUCCUGUAGUUACCAAUUAGAAACAACAUUAAAUAUUUUUCUCCUCAUGUAGAAGGCCACAGAUGAAUAGUUGAGAGCAAAAACGCUCAACUCUAUUGAUCUUCUCUUCAUAUAAAUAUAAGGCAUGUGCCUAGUUUUGAUACAGAAUGGAAUAUUUUUUAUAUCUGUGAUAUCACACUGGACCAGUUUACUGUAACAUAGCCCUGGAAUGCAUCCAGGGAAGGCAACCCACCAGAUACUGCUGGCGUAGAGGAGCUGAGUUCUUGAUGAGUGAGACUUGUUUUUUGUUAGCCCUGCUUUAAUUUCAAAGCUACUGUUAAAUUCUUAAAAUGUUAAUCUGUAUGGGGCAAAACUGCAAACUCCUUGGGAAAUAUGGUCAUCUUGCUAUUUGGAGGAUUGAAUUAAAAUAUAGAAAAACAUUUCCGCAAAGAAUGAACUCUUCUCCAAUGCCAGUAAACUAGGGUUGUUCAUGCAUAAUAUGGGGAUUAUAAUACAAAAAUGUUUGGAACAUGAUAGCCUCAAAAAGGCUAACAUACUGCCAGAUAUAAUGAACCUCUAGCCACUGUCAUCUUCAUCUUGUAUAUUUGUAGAUAACACAUAAACACAAAGCUAAUUUCCAAGAACAGAUUACUUAGCUAUUCUUGAUGCCAUUUUAAUAACUAUGUGGUUAUGUUUCUUUCAGGUGCAGUAUCUUAGAGCAAGAGGGGCAAGUUUCUCCAGGUUUUAGAAAGUAUUUUUAAUGGAGAGAAGACAGAAGUGGAAAGUUAGUUCAGUUCAGUUAAACGCUUUUUGUUUUAUUCCUCUAAACAAAUCCUCAAAAGGCUCAGAACUGAAACUUUAUUCUUUAUUCUUUAUUGUUGAUGCCACUGUUUUUAUUUUGAAAAUCUCAGCAAUGGGAAGAUAUGGAGUUUUUCAGUGAUCUCUCAAUCUUUUUUAGCAGUUACAAGCCAUAGGUUUACUGCUAAGUGAUUGAUAACAGUGAUUUAUAAGUAAUUUGAAUAAACUAGAAUAAAGGUAAUAAUGACUGUGUAUGUGUUUAGCCAAAAAGAAUAUGAAAUUGUUGUAGAAUAGAACUUUCAGAUUAAUAUGAUUUAAGAGUUCUAUUAUCAAUCUUAAAAUUAGAUUUCAGUGCUCUGAAACUGAAGUCAAGCUGACCUGCAAUGGGACGCUGGUGUUUCUAAAAGUACGAUCCGCAUUUUUUGGCAGAGAUUUUCUAAGCUGGAUAAAAAUCUUCCCCCGUUAUCAAGGGAAAUGUGCCAAAAGUUGUACAUCCAUCUGAGCUCCUCAAGUAUAUCCUUAAUAUAGCUGUAGGACCCAAGGUCAAGGCAGUUUUGAGAAUCUCUAUUCAUAGUGGCUGUUUUUUUGUUGCCUCGCUGCUGUUUUUAGGUCACCCAGCUGAAGAAGAUGCAAGGGUUGUUAGAAUUUUUUUUCAUCUUACUUGCUUUGAGUUGGGUUUUGUAGCUUUCUUUUUUUGUGUGUGCGUGUGUUCUGAACUAGACAGCUAGAGAUUUAUGGAGAUGCUUGAGAGUGAUCCUCUUUGUUCUAUGAAAGUUUGUAAAACAUCAUUAUUAGACAGAAUAACCCCUGACUAAACGCUAGCACUGGGGAAAUUGUUUUUACUGAUACAGUAACCACCGCACUGAAGCCCAAAACUCUAUUGUACCUUAAUGUGGGCAGUUAAAGAAACAAAUGGGGAUAAAACAAAGUGUUUCUGAACUGCCCAUUAAAGACAUUUGCAUGUGCCUUUCCCUUGUAAUUGUUAUUUUUCAAUUAGUAACCUAUUACCCCUGCAGUCAUUUCAUGUUAAAUGUUAAAAUCAAUGUUAGAAGCAAAAAUUCUCCUCAAUUCUGGACAGUUGCAGCAGAUUAUUUCAUAUUAAAUGUCACAAUAAAACAACAAAAACAACAAAAAUUUGAAAAAAAUUUAGCAAAAAAUGUGCUUUUAGGAUUAAUUAUGAACGGCUGAAUUCCCCUCUGCCUUCUAGAAUGAUUCUAAAAAGUGAUUGCAUUAUUAGUGUACUGCAAAGAUUUCUGAGCAUUAACAUGCUUGUUGCCUAAGUGAAAUAUGUCCUGGUGAUGGAAAUUACUGCUUGCUCUUGCAGAGCACUGCCUUGCAGAGCUGCCAGCAUUGUGUGUAUUGCCCUGAGUUCAGUCAGUAUACAGGCUGUUUUUAACAAUCAGUGUUUGCUCUCUGCCUCUAGCAUUGUUCUAUUUUUUGUAGCCUACUGAUUUCAUCGUGGACUUGACAAAGCCUAUCGCCCCUCCCAAGGAAAAUGAGAAGAGUAAGAUUGUCAGAAAGGCUUGGAUCUUGCUCUGGAUAGUUGUGUAUGUAUUCCUGGGACACAAACUCACUGUGAGGGAAUGCAGUGCCGAGGUCAGACCUAGACAACCACCCUUUUGACAGUUCUUUUUCAAUAUAUAAUAAAAGGACAGUCAGUAGCUGUCUGCACACAUGCUCUGCCUUUUACUUGCUCGCAGUCACUUCUCUGUCUGCUUGAGAGAUCAAGGAAACUGCAGUUUACCUUUUUACAAGGGAGUAUCAUAUUGGAGGAAAAGAAUCAGGCUGCAAAGAGACACCUGUCACACAUGGCUCCCCUGUCAUUUAUUUGGAGGCAGGCAGACAGUGCAUACCUGUCACUACAAGAGGGAACAAAGGUGUUUUCCCUCGUGUUUUGUGUGGUGGCUUUGUACAGCUUCAUCUGGUCUUCUCUGCUGGUCAGCACAACAAGACUGAGCAGCGGUAGUUUUGCUGAAAGAGAUAACAAAAAUGCUGAAACCAGCAGAGCUACUUACGAAAGCAGGUACACCAUUAUCUUUGUCAACACAGCUUGUAAGAUCUGAGCUGAAGUAGGCUGAAUUGCCUAUUAAUAUGCUGGGAAAUCCAUUUCCACAGACCAAUGCUCCAUUCUUCUCUUUCAUAAUGGAUGGGUACUUGUUCUUUCUGAGAGUAGAAAGAGGAUCCUACAGGCAAUGUCAUGGGGAAGGAGUCUACAACGAUAAAGGGGGAAUGAAGAAUAACCAGUGCCCUAACUUACCUAUAUAGAGAUUUGGGACUGGUUUUCAAUUUUUUCCUUCCUUCUUUCACAUUAACUUGGGAACAUUGUUCUCAGAAAGGCUUAGCUUGAGACAUCACCUUGAUUAGAUACAGAUGGGGGAGACUGCUUUUACUGUCUGUUCCACCCUCCCUCAAUAUUCACACAUACUCUCAGUGUCAACACAGCCAGGAGAUUCUUAGACCCUAGAGACCUGUUGAUAUAAUCUGAUUUUUUAACUAAACACUUUAUAAUGAAGAAGAGCUCACUUCAUGUUAUUGACACACCACUAUUCAAGUUUUCUUUUAUUUUUGAUUUUCCUUAUUUCUUGCAGCAUGGUAUUGCAUCACCCAUGGUGAUAGCAAUGAUUUUGUCAUUAAGGAAAAUAAGGAAGCCAGAUUGCACACUCAGUUCACCAAAUUUAGUCAAAGUAUACGAGACACAGUAGGAAGUCAGCAUUAAUAUAUAAUUAUAUAUAUUAUAUAUACAUAUAUAUAUAUAUAUAAUUAUAUAAUAUAUAAUGACAUAAAUGUUGUGAUUGGAGAAGAAAGUGAUAUAGAGAAAACAUGGAAUGUAGGCCAUGUUGCACAUUCAGCACAUCAAAGAUACAUAUCAAAUCAACUUUCCUACAUGACACCUAGACAUCUGUUUUAAGCAGUGGAUUUUUCCAGAAAGAAAACUGCAAGAUGUGAGAAUGCCAGAAGCCCACAUUUAACCCACAAAAAUAUGAAGCAAUGGUUGAAAAUCUGCAACAACAAUUAGCUUCUGGCUGCCCAGCAGCAACAGUGCAUUAUAGGAAAGACAGGUAAGAAACUGCAGUCAGUAGUCAUUUUUGUCUCAUGUGCUACAUCAUCUUGUGAAAAAAAGGUCCAUUAGACAGUAAUAAAAUGGAGAUAUUUUUUUUUUUUUUAAUCAAAAAUAGAAACAGUUGUGUGGUGGGACAAAGUUUCACUUUCUUCUACAGCAGUAGAACACAGCAAGAAGUGAGGAAGAGGAAGCCUAUUUUGUCUGCGUUACUUAAUCUCUUUCCUCUGAGUGAUCCCAGUUUGCACUGGGCUAGCAUGAUGACUGCUCUGCCUAUUCCCAUCUUUGUUGUUCAAAAUGUGUCUUGACAUGGAGUUAUAAGAAAAAGAGUACUGUCAAGCUGUCCCUCCUCCGCCAGCUGUAUCACUCGUCUUCUCAAACACAUGAACCUGCAUAGCAGUAGUGCUUUAGGAGUCAAAGUCCACUGCAGCUGAUCUCUAGUCUUACCCAAAGAAAGACAAGGCAUGGGCUAGCACUGGAUACAUGCAUUCUGAUUUGGUUUCAGUGGCCUAAAUGGUUGCCUUUCAUGCUAAAAAGAUAUAGGAGAGAGAGCUAAGGAAGGAAGAAGUAAAAAACAAUUUCAUACAGUAAUUUAAAUGUUAAUUAACCCUGGAGGAGUAAAAGGAGUGUCUUUCUAAGAAUGAAAGGGCCUGAAUACUGGAGAAUAACUGAAACACUGAAUGAGAUUUUUCAAGUUAGCUAAGCAGUUUGGAUACCCUAUCAUUACUAUCACCUGUAAUGAGAAUUACAAACUCAGUUUCCCUAGGCAGCUUAGAAAAAUCCCAACAGGUUUGGUGAUAUGUGCUUCUUUUGUUUUCUAGCUCUGCCCUCCCCUCUUCUCAGUUGCAAAUGACAGUAAUCCCAAAUGAAGAUCUUUGGAUUCAGUUAAGUUUCACUGUAUGCUCAUGUGCUUUUUGGAAUCUAGAUCUCAAAGCACAAUCUUAAAUGCUCUUCAAACCAAAAACAAUUCUAAAAAAGGAUGAAGCUUGGAUAAGCCUCCUCCUGCAAAUGAAAUAAACAAGUGUCUGUGAGGUUCUUGCUAUUGCUACUGAGAUAGCUACAUGCCAAAAGCAAUCUGCAGGUUGAAUGACUCUGAGUCUUUCUUUUCUUUUCUUUCUGUUUUGUUUUGCUUUUUAACUGGAAGCAGGUGGUUGAAGAUAAGGCCAGCUGGAAAUAGAAAUCUUUAUUUAUACCCUCAGCAGAAUAAAUAAAGAGCUGGCAUAGGCAAGAAAAUUCUUGUUAUGACUUAAGGACACUUUAUCCUUCGUAUUCAAAUAGCUUGUAGAAGAGUACAAAAGAGCAGACUUUUACCUCGUAAUUUCAUUAUUUGUAUUUGUUUGAACUGGCACCAAAAUUGUCAUGAAACAGAAGUGUUGGAGCAAGAGACUAAAACCAGAUUCUCUACUCUAGCGAGGCAGUAUGUAUCAGGAGAAAUCCCCUCAACAUCUGUUACGUGACUCCGUGGUUACACUAGAAAUCUGAUAAAGGAAUGUAGAUUUUUUGCUCAUUAUGAAAGGGCUACAGUGGGAAAUAAGCAGAAUUUAUGCUUUAAUUAAUUCUCACCUUGUGGCAUAGCUUCUAUUCUGGAUUGCUUUAAUAUUUGUCACUGUUAAUUGAGCUGGAGAAUUAGCAAAUAUAGAUUCUGGGAAGAAAAAAAGUAAAAGAAAGCCUCCUUCUAUGUGUGGUAUCUGCAGGUCAGCAACACUACCUGCUUUCACAUAAGCCAAGAACGAGUUGAGAUUUCAAGGCAGCUGUGAAGAUGGUUGUCAACUUGUACAGUUAAUAGUUUUCACUUUCCAGAAAGCAAAAUGCUAUGGCUUCUUAAGGCAUUCAUUUAUGUCAUUUUGAACCUUAAAAACAACACUUGGUCCUCGUGACACUGGGCACUGUAUAAAUAGGUAGUAAAUGACAAUAGUGAUCUGGUGAGCUUACAGCCUUAUAUGUAGGAAGAUGGCUUAUGGGCAAGUACAUAACGAUAGCAAGUCUGUCAUUUGUUGGGGAGGGAAUACCAUAGUGCAUAAAUAUUAGAGUAUCAUCACAGUUACUGAAAUCUAUUUGCAAGCACAUGUAGUUCAUAUGUAUAUGUUUGUGUGUGGGAAAAAAAAAAAAAAAAAAAAAAAAAUUGUUUUGUUCUUUUUCUUACUUCAAGUAUUAAAUGUAUAUUGUUUUAAAAGGUGAAAAGAUUAACCAGAAAAAAAAAAAUGUGUUGUAAUUUAUUUUAAUAUAUAUAGUCAUGAUUAUGGAUGGGAAGUGAAUUAGCGCUGCUGUUAUGAUUCAUGAAGCACAUGACAAGUCAGGUUUGUCCGUAAGUUCGCUUCAUGUUUCAGCAAAAUAUGGUAAUGAAAAAAGAAAAAAAAGAAAAAAAAAGAAAAAAAAAAAGCUUUGUUUGUCAAGACAGUUGUUCUGAAUGUCAUUUUAAAAUUUACUUUAGGGCUUAUGUCAUGAUGUGUAUCAUACUUAUCCAAAAUGAAACCCAAAUAAAUACUUUGUGGAGUGGCAAAAUUUACUGAGGAAAGUGAAGAAAAUUUGCACUGCUUCCCUUAUUGUAGCUGGUCACCUUUUUUCAAGGGGUAGUGAAAGAAACUAAACUGAGGGGAAAAGAAAGGAACAACAGUUUUCUCAGCACCAAUCGCAGCACCCUCAGUGCCACGUCUUCACAACAGGUUAUCCACUCAGACUAACCACUCCUGAACAUAUAAGCCAUUCCAGUCAGAAAGAGAAGACUCCAGCAGGCAUUUUGCAUCUACUUACUUUCACUCCUCCUCUAUGGCAUGGAGACCACAGACACAGAGAAAAAUCCAGGUCAUAUUCUGAUGUGUUUUGGCAUUUACUCUCCAUGCAGAGUGUGAGACAGCCUGUUGUUUCACCAUCCUUUGCAUAGCAUGUGAAGAUAAUUGGUGGAGAUACCAGUCAGUCUAAUCCCACCACAUUCCAGUAUAAUGGAAAUAGAUUUCACCAGCUGUACAUCACUGUUUUUACAAAGGUAUCUGAUUCCAAAUAUCUGUUUCUGAAACACAUUUUGUAAGGAAAGCACUGGUAUUCAAACUACCCCUUAACUGCACCACAGCAAUUAAGUGGAGAAAGGCAGACUGCUGAAUUUGAAAGCUACUCCCCACCCCUGAGGCUUGCCUUGACCCACCAAAUCUGUGUCAGAGAUCAACUUUGUAGGACACAGGCCAUAACCUAAUACUGCUACUCUCAUUCUCCCACAGCUAAGUGCUUUCACAGAGAAUUUUACUUAUGCAUCUUGGGAUAAUCUGAAGUAAGAUUCAUAAGUCAUGAACUCUAUAUCCUCUAAACCGGGAUCUUGUUCACUAGGAAGGGAAAAUAAUGUUGGUUUUGCUAUCUCAAAAGAGGAAGAAGCAGGUUGAAAUCCUGCUGGAUUGCUGGGAGCAGAAUCAGAUGGGCUAGAUGUCAGUCCUCCCAAGCUUCUUGAAAUCUGUUGUAUCAUUCUGCACUUGCAUUUGUACAAAACAAGUCGGUUUUGACCUACUUGUACCGCUGUACCUUCCUCUGCAGUAGACUAUCAAAUGCAGUAAAUCUGUGGGAAAAACUUAAUGAUAGAUUAUGUUAAGAAUCUACUUAAUUUUUGUGUUAUUUUCUUUCGAUCUGAUAGUCUGAUUUACAGACUGCAGCAUGCUGCAGUACUGACUACAGCAUGACAUGAAAAAACAAGCAUCACUGGGAACACUGCAUUUGCCAGGGACAGACAAGGUUUCCUGGAAAGGCUCGUCUACACUAAGCUUCAGACUUCUUUUAUGCAAUGCACGGUACUUCUCUGGACUACUUGACAUUAUCUCAAGGGGAGAGAACAGAGGGUGCUAUACACAGUUUCCAGUUAUAGUGAAUGAAACCACUAGUCUACGCCAUGACUAACAGGUAACGAAAAGCAUUGUCACAUUGGGCAAUCACUGACAAUUUCAUUAGGUCAGGGUCUCAAGAGAAAGAUUUGUGCUCUCCAGAACUACACUUUUCUGGACCAAAAAAAAAAAAAAAGAAAAAAAGAAGAAGAA